CUUCUUCUUUCCCUUGUUCCUUUACCAGUAGUAGUGGUGGUGGUGGUGGGUUUUUGUUGGUUGGUUUGGGGUGGCCCGGGCCGGCAAUAGCGGUGGGCAGAGUAACCACGUCCACAGCCAUGUAACCGCCCGCCGCCCCCUUGCCUUCCAUCCGAUCGAUCCAUCCAUCCAUCCUGUGCUGCAGUUGAAGCCCAGCUGCCAAGACUGACGCGACUGCUUCCUUCGACUUCUCUUCUCUCCCCCAUCGACAGACAUGGACAUGGACAUGGACAUGGACAUGAAGGGGCCGCCGGCCACGAAGAAGGCGCUGGUGGCGCACGUCCUGGCCGCCGCCGCCGCCGCGCUGGUGCUGAUCUGGUGCGUCCACUUCCGCGGCGGCCUGGCCCUCCGCUCCAAGGCCGACGACAAACAGCUCAUCUUCAACGUCCACCCCGUGCUCAUGCUCCUCGGCCCCAUCGUCCUCGGCGCCGAGGCCAUCCUCUGCUACCGCUCCCUCCCGCUCGCCCGCGGCGCCAGGAAGAAGGCGCACCUGGCGCUGCACGCCGCGGGCCUCGCCGCCGGUGCCCUCGGCCUCUACGCGGUCUUCAAGUUCCACGCCGAGAGCGGCAUCCCCAACCUCUACUCGCUCCACUCCUGGGUCGGCGCCGCCGCCAUCUCCCUCUACGCCCUCCAGUGGGCCGCGGCCUUCCUCGCCUUCUUCUUCCCGGGCGCCUCGCCGCCCACCAGGCGCAGGGCCGCGCCGUGGCACGCCGUCGCCGGCCUCCUCGUCUUCGUGCUCGCCGUCGGCACCGCGCAGCUCGGCUUCCUCGAGAAGCUCACCUUCCUGCAGGGCCCGCCUCUGCGCCUGCCCAAGUACGGCGCCGAGGCCAUGCUCGUCAACUUCACAGCGCUCGUCGUGCUCCUCCUCGGCGUCGCCGUCGUGCUCGCCACGGUCACCGUCGACGGCACAAGGUACAACACCAUCAUGUAAAACUCUAUAUGCAAGCAAAGCUAGCUAUUUUGAUUAGUAUUAAUUUGUAUCGUGUGUGUGUGUGCUGUACGUACAAAGUACAAAUUAGUAUUAAUUUGUAUCAUUGUUCUGUAUACUACAUAUAUAUACUUUGUUCUGUGUAUACGUAUACAUGCUAAUUAUUUGGGCUGUGAAAGCUAGCAGACCAGGGUUCAAAUCCUGGUUUCUCACAUUUGUUCAGGUGGGGUAUUUAAUACCUCCCCGUAGUCCACGUCAUUUUUUAUUUGGACGGUGAAAUGUACGUACUACGACAGUUAUCUAAGACUGGCGGACGGAUGGAGUAUUAUAUUAUUGUUGUUGGGUUUCCUCUCUA